AUGCGUGCCAUACCUUCAACACUCAUCAGCCUAGGCCUCUCAACCUUGGCAGCUGCAUCUGAUGAAGAUGUCGUCUCAUUCCCCGCCAUUGGCGAAGUAGACAUCGUGUUUCCACGAUCGGAGGAAACGUACGCAGCAGAAGCACCAUUUCCUGUCAUCUUCGGCCUCCAAAACGCGCCAGUUUUGACCACUUUUAGCGGUACCCUGAACUGGGAGCUUGACUGCGCUUACACGCUAUUUGGCAUCGGUAGGCUCUACUUGGACUUUCUACCCGACUCGGAGCCAUAUUACUUUCUCAACACCAGUCAAGCCAUUGCUGAUGCCGACGAAGACCAGUUCCAGUACUGGCGCGGUGAAGAAGAUUCUUGCAUCCUCAAGUGGGAUUUCCGAUGGACAACUGUCUGUGAACCGCGGUCUGAUGGCAGCGUUCUGUUGAAAAACAACCAAUUCCAACGUUCAGGAAACGUCACAUUCACUCUUCGUCCAGGCGCAAAGACUGCUCGCAAAGCUAUUACAGAAUACGAAGGUUGCGCUAUUGGGGGGACUGCGAUCAAGCUUGAAAAGAACCACACAGUUGGCUGUCCCAUCCUUGCGGAAGAUGCGUCGCCAAAACCAAAGCCUUGCAACCUUGACGUCAAGAAGGCUCGAAGUAGUCUUGCGGCUGCCGUUGUAAAACCUACUACGAGCUUGACUGAGAUCCCUAGCAAGACUACCGAUUCAGGGUCGAGGGUCACAGGCACGGGAACAGAUAAUGCUUCUGAACCUACGAGUACUAGCGGGACUCAAAAGACAAACGGGGAUGAUAGCGGCGUCGAUAGUGAUAACGGGGCACAGGGUCACAGCAUUGCUGACAUCGGUGGACUUUUGGCUGUAUUCAUCACUGUCUCUGGUAGUAUCAUCCUUCCAUUAUUCUUGUAA